AUGAAGAAUCCUAAGAAAAAGGGAACUUCCAAAAAGAGAGAAGAAAAACUUAUAUUAAUAAAAGAGCUUAACAAAAUAAAUGAUGAAAUAAAUGUAGAGCAAAAUAAUGUUGAGGAUUUAAGUGUGAAAAUAAAAAAUAUAGAUGGUCAAAUAUUUUUGGGAUAUCAUGACAUUAAGAUAUUAAAUGUGGAAUUAAAAAAUAAAGAAAUAGAAGUUGAAGAAAAAAGGUCUCAUAAAUUACUAUCAGAAAGGAAUAUAGAAAAUAUGAUAAAUAAAUAUGUAUUAAAAUGUUAUGAAAAUUUCUUAAAUAAUUUAACAAAGAAUGAAAUUGAGAUUGAUACGUUAUCCAAAAGAAUGGAAGAUGAUAAGAAAGAACAGAAAUCCAAUAAAGACUUUGAAAAGCUGACCACAGUAACAAGCAUCAAGCAUUUAAACAAAUUAAAUUCCAUCAUAUUAUCACAAAAUAAAAUUAUUGAUAAUAUAAAUAGAAAAUUUACAAUAUGUCUCAAAAAAAUGAAAGAUAACUAUUCGAGAAAAAUUAAUAUGCAAAGAGAUAAAAUGGAUAAGGAAAGACAAAAAAUUAUUUUUAAUUUACAAAAGGAAAAAAAUGACCGAAUAAAAAAUAUCUUAAAGACUUAUAAUGAAAAAAUUUUUAAUAUACAAAAUUAUUUCAAAUUAAUUCUGGAUGAUCAAUUGGAUCUAAUACAGAAAUUAGAGGAAGAAAAACUUAAUAAGAAAAAAAAUUAUUUUUCAAAAAGAAAGUCUUUAGAACAACUAAAAAAAAACAUAUCCAUUCAAAGAAAGAUUUUAGAAGGUGUGGAAAGAGACGCUUAUGAAUUAGAGAAGAAUAUUGUUGACUAUGAAAACUUAAGAAAUGAUUUGAAAAAAAUUAAAGAAAAAAGAAAAAAACAACAAAAGAUUCUACAUGAAUUAAAACUAGAAACAGAUGUAAAGAAAAUGUUACUCACAAAAAUAACAAAUGAAUAUAAAACUAUAUAUGAUCAAAAUAAAAUGAAGUUAUAUGAUUAUCUUCAAAAGUUGUUAUUAGAGAAUUAUUUCUUAGAGACCAAAAUGAAGUUAAAAAAUGAAUCCUUAGAAGUAAACACUAUAGAAUUAAACAAGUGGAAGGAGUCCAAUAAUCCAGAAAAUAAUGAAAUAUUAAAUAACACAUUAAAUGAAAAGUUUCAAGAUUUUAAUAUAUUAAAAAACGAGAUUGAAGAAUUAAUAGAUGUGAAUGAAAAAAAUCAGGAGAACUAUAAAGCGAUUAUGCAUCUAAAUUAUUUUAACAAUGAAGAUCUAGAUAUUUUAAAAAGAGAAGAACAAAUAAAUAUGUCAUAA